UCUUUUAUUUACAUUCUCGUUUGGCUCAUGUGCGAGGAUCUGUUUUUAGAAGUAUCCAAUUCAUUCCCCAGACAGUAUCUCGGCGGCGUGACCGACAGUAAGUACCCCAUCAAAGUGUGUUUAGUGCGACAAGAAUCUAAUCGAAACUUGCGUUCAUUGCUAACUGAGGCUUGAGGUCCGAAGAGUGAUUUAAAAUGGUUCUGGUGAUAGUGCUAAGACUAAUGGUUGCAGUGGGGCUCGCUUUCCAUCACGGAUGGGCUGCUUCCAUUGAUUAUUCCGACGACAAUGUUUCCGCGGAUAGUGCUGUUAAGACGCAGGUUGUGGACAUUCAAAAUCCGGACGCUAUGAAUAGCAUCUUUCAACAGUUCAAUUUGAGUGCGGAGCAACUGGAGCAGAUGAGGAGACAUUCGAACACUAAGUCAUGGACGGCUGCUAACUUUGACAAUAACAACUUCACGGAUGCGAAGGCAUUGAGAGUCUAUAGUAUACGAAACCAAAUCCGUAAGGUAAUCGAAUCCGUUGGAUCUGCGAAGGAUACAACUACCUAUGAAAUGUCUGCAUACCCCAUUUGCACACAAAUCAACUCGACGUCAUGGAAGGAUGAGAGCAACGUUACGGUGAGAUUCGCGCCAUCACUCUUUGAAAAUGAACACCCGAACAUGUACCUGGACACUGCGGUUUUAAGGUUACAUAAAAUUAGUCCAAUACCAGAACAUCGUUCCGAAUCAUCUGCAGCUUGCAAUAUUGAGCCGUUCCUGUCGCAAAUUCGCGUUACUAUUUCCACGAUGCAGCAGUCGAAGAGAUUCAAACGUGACAAAAAAAGAAGGAUUUGCAACACUCUCAUGCUGAACACAACAACCACUGGAUGGGUGACUAUUGAUGUCAAGAAAGCGAUUUACAUUUGGGAAAGGACCGAGCAACAACCUUUCACAGGACGGGGCAGUUCGAAUGCCAGUAACCGUUGGACAGUGCUGACUGGGUGGCUUACAAUCGAUGUCCAUGAUGAAGAUGAAAGACAAUUGAAUGCAGGCAACUAUUUCGCUCCACCACGUUGUGAAGAGCAACGACAUGGAAGCUCUGCCGAAAAUCAUUUAGCACUGAAAGUUAUUUGGAAAAAGUGCUCUGAUAAGUAAAU